AAACCUUUUCUACAUCCAUUGAUUUAAUAUCCACUAUAAUGAUAAACAACAAUCCGUUUCAUGUUAGGAUUGAAAUGGAUGGCGGUAAAUUCGGAUUUACCGUUGGUAUUGACGUUAUUGUUAGUUUUUUACAUUUAGAGCCUGGUUGUUUUUUGAUAUUUACAAAGUAUUUUGGUAAUGAUUUUAACUUAAAAGUAUUUGGAAAAAAUUGUGUUGAAAAGAACUUUCUUGAUGUAGACGUUGAUGUGCCUUUAGUUCCUCCUAUUGAUGCUGUGAAUGAAAUUUAUGAAGAACCACAUAGUCGUAUGUAUCGGUUUUCCCGUACCGUUGGUACCGAUUUUAUGCUUCCCGAUCGUGUUUCUGAAAUGGCCAAACUUAAUAUUUGUUUGAAAGAUAUAACCGUCAGACUUUUGAAUCUGGAACCUCCAGUUCAGUUUACCAAUGGUACAAGACGUGAAAGGACACAUAAUGGUUUUCGAUAUGCGUUAAGGCGAUGGUCUAAGUUCAUGAAAACUGCUGGAAUUAAGGUCCGUGACACCGUUGACUAUUGUUUUGACGAAAAUGAUCAAGUGCUAAGUGUUGAAAAGGAUGUUGUCGAUGAUGUAAAUGACAUGCUUUUAGCUAUUAAGGAAGAGAGCUAUACACAAAGGAUAUGUCAAAUACGGUUUAGAUGAUACAUGUUCAAGGUAAUAAGAAGAAACCCUCUGUCGAAUUAGCAACCAUUUUUAGAGUUUUGCUUAAAAGAUGGAUGUGUCGGUGAUGUUGUCGAGGAGUGUCCGGAAAUGCUUAGUGCUAGCAUUUUCUUAUACUCCUCGACAAUGUCACCGACCCCUCUUAAAAACUCCAUCAAAACUCUCACACCGGUUGCUUCUUCAACAGAGGGUUUUUUUUUUGUUACCUGAACCUGUAUCAUCUCAACUUUUUUUGACUGACUGUUUAUUGUUAUUACAUCAACAUUCAAUUAAGAUUAAUUUCUUAAUUAAAGUUGAUCGGAAUAACUUUUCAUCACCACAUAUCAUCUC